CCAGCAGCCUCAGCCCAUUCACUCUCGUUGGCUAAGCCCCGGUUGUCUUCGUCUCUCCUUCGCACCAUCACUGAUGUGCAAGAAAAAAGAAAAUCGUGAGCAUGAAAAUUGGUCGCCAUCCAUUUAUCUCAUCCUGUCAGCUCUCGCUGCAUACCAUGUCCACAUUCUAACCUACAGGAUGAUCGAAGCUGCUUGUGAUCGACUAAAGAUGGUACGAUGCCAAGGAAAACAAGUCCCAUUUGCAACUACAACCUAGAUACAGAGUCCCUCACCCCUCUAUUGAGUCUCGGACUAUUUUGCUCGAUCUUC